UGUUAAAAGAAAAUAUCGUCUCUACAGAAAAAAUAAAAUAAAGAAGAACAUAAAAAGUGUGAAGAAGCCAAGUAAAUAAGAGAAGAAGAACAAACAUGGGCCAAUGUUCAUCGACCACAAAGAUGAGGAGAAAGAGGAAAAGAGAAGAAGAAGGUUGUAGAGAAUCAUCAUCAGUGGAAAGGAAUAGAGGAUGUUUAGCGAUGGUGAAUGAGAGGCGUUCUAGGUUCUACAUCGCCAGGAGAUGUGUUCUUAUGUUACUUUGCUGGCACAAAUACGCCAACUCUUGAUUAUCAAUCAGGUUUUGUGUUUUUAUUACAAGUAAAAAUAAAACACACGUACAUAUAAUUCGCUGUUGAUAACUUUUUUGUUGUCGUCUCUGUUCAUAGCUUGUGUUUUUGAGUUUUGAUAGUUUCAAGCUUUACUCUUGUAACUCCACCCUUUUGUUUCAAACAAUUAUUUGCAAACAAUCUCAAAAGUAGCAUAGAGAAGAUAUUACAUUAUAAGUUUCACUUCAUUGUGUUCUGCAGCAUACAUAAAAGAGAAAAGGCACAUAAAACCAUACUUGUCACACAACAGAAUCUCUGUAAUAAUUUAAAGAUGAUGAACAA